UCCUUCUUCUUCCAAGGAAUUCUCGUCCUCUUUCUCCUGCAGUCCUCCAUUUCUCUUCCUCUCUCACAGCCUCACGGUCUUCCUGGGGCUGUCUCAUCCCUCAUCGGCAACACACCAUGGCGAAUUCGGCGUCGGGAAUGGCGGUGAGUGAUGAGUGCAAGCUCAAGUUCUUGGAGCUGAAGGCCAAGAGGAGCUUCCGGUUUAUCGUAUUCAGGAUCGAGGAGAAGAUACAGCGGGUCAUGGUGGAGAAGCUUGGCCAGCCGGAGCAGAGCUACGAUGACUUGGCUGCAUCCCUGCCGCCCGACGACUGCCGCUACGCCGUCUUCGAUCUCGAUUUCAUCACGGACGAGAAAUGCCAAAAGAGCAAGAUCUUCUUCAUCUCCUGGUCUCCUGAUACGUCGAGGGUGAGGAAUAAGAUGCUGUACGCGAGUUCCAAGGACAGAUUCAAGAGGGAGCUCGAUGGCAUACAAGUGGACCUACAGGCAACUGAUCCCAGUGAGAUGAGCUUUGACAUCAUCAAAGGGCGAGCUCUUUGAGAUGGUCAAUCAUAUGUGAUAAACCAGGCUUUGCCCAUCUUAUAUUGUUUGUCCUCAUCAAAUUUGCACAGAUUAUAAAUGAGGCAUUCUUGUCUCUCGAGGGGAAGACUCCCCAACUCAUUUCUGUGUAUCAUUCCCACGUUAAAUUACAUCUCUGUUUUAAUCUUCA